GGAAUCUGCGACAUACCAUCCCCUUCACGUCACACACGCCGCGUCUUAUGUACACGCGAUCGCCUUGGACGCACACGCCAUACGCUAUGUUUCAGAAAAAGCCCACGCCGCAAGAGGCGCUGCGCCAAGGCAAGAGGGACGUGGCGCAGGCCGCCAGAGGACUCGAGAGGGAAGUGGCAAACCUACAGGCAGAGGAGAAGAAAUUGCUGGUGGAGAUAAAGAAAACCGCCAAGACAGGCAACCAGGCAGCAGCACGGGUGCUGGCUCGGGAGUUGGUACGGGUGAGGGGGCAGAUAGAGAAGUUGCACAAAUCCAAGGCGCAGAUCCGAGGCAUCAGCACACACGCCCAGGUGGCCCAAGCCAAUGUGACAGUGGCAGGGGCCAUGCGCAGUGCAGGAACAGUAAUGGGGAAUGUGAACAAGCAAAUGGACGUGGCGUCAGCAGCGCGCAUGGCAGCAGACUUCCAACGAGAAUCGGCCAAGAUGGAUCACGUGCAAGACAUGGUGGGUGGGGCACUAGACGAUGCUCUGGACUCAAGUGACACAGAAGAAGAGGCCGAUGACAUCACCAACCAGAUCCUGGAUGAGAUUGGAAUCGACACAUCUGCCCAGCUCUCUAGUGUGCCGGCCAAGAGACUGCCAGCGGCAGCAGCUGCACAAGGAGAGACGUCUCGUGCGCAGGCAGCGUGGCAGGAGGAAGAGGAGGACGACCUACAGCGUCGCUUUGCAGCCCUGCACAGCAGAUGAUGGCGGGGGGUGGAUGACGGCGGGGUGUGGCCUAAGGGGAAAGGGUGUGUCAAGACAACAGCUUAAAAGGAAGUGUGUGGUUGCAAACACGGCAUGGCAUGGUGUUCGAAGAGCGGGGGUCAAAGAGAGAGAUGCUGGGGGCAUGGGUACAAAUGAACAGUUGCUGACGCAAAGGCUCGGAUUGCAUGGAUGGUAUCGCGGUUGGCGAUUGGCACGACGGAGGACCCUAUGCUGCUUGCUCCAUUAAUGAAAACAGGUGGCCUAUUGAUUCGUGAUGUGUGGUCAUGGCCUGCCAAGUGAAACUGCUGGUGACAUGUAUAGUAUGUACAUAUACUAAUGUGAUUGGAAUCAUGGUUUCACUUUUAGCAGUGCCUUAGGUAAACGUACAGUGAUUAUGUUCCUCCUGC